AUGCUAUUCUUAUCAUCCGUCUCUCUCGUCCUCGUCUCGCUUCCAGUCCUCCUAGGCGCUGCUGUAGGAGCUGCAUCGCCAGCAUGCGCCCCUCUCCCGACCCCACUCUCGCAGCCUUCGGACCUACCGAUUAUUUCUCAUCUCCCGGAUCCAUUCUCUUUCCGUCUCUCAGAUAGCCGUGUUGAAGACCGGGCCGACUGGGAGUGCCGACGCGCAGAGCUCAAGACGCUUGUCCAAGAAUAUCUCUGGGGUUACUUGCCCGACCACGCGCAGGAGGUUGUCCACACCUCUCGCACCGGAAGCAACAUCACAGUCACAGUCAGCGUCGCCGACCGAUCCGCAACUUUCGUCGCGAAUAUCACCUUCCCACCCACGCCUGAGGAUGACGACAACGAGCUCGAUUCCACCUCAGACCGCCACGUGCCCGUGGUCAUUUCCGCAGGCACGUACCUCGCCCCAGUAAACAUCACACCCUUCCUCGAGUCCGGAGUCGCUGUCGUGCAGUUUGACGUGAACGACGUGGGGAACGACUCGUGGACGCGCGUCGGCGAGUUCUGGGAGUUGUACCCGGACCGUAACAUCGGUCUGAUGGGCGUAUGGGCAUGGGCAGAGCACCGCAUCCUGGAUGCGCUCGAACUCGUCGUCCCAGAGCUCGACUUUUCCCGCGUGGGCGUCGUCGGGUGCUCGCGAUAUGGCAAGACGGCGCUCGCCGCGGCAAUCUUUGAUGAGAGGAUCACAUUGGCCCUCCCCCUUUCCAGUGGGGCCGAAGGCAUCGGGCCAUGGCGGUACUACUACGAAAGCCAGGGCGUCGCCGAGAAGAUCGAGAACAUCACGACAAAGUACGGGUACUGGAGCACGACCGAGCUUUGGAAAUUCGACAACGUCACCGGAAACUCGACGCGAGUGCCGUUCGACGCGCACGAGCUCGUCUCUCUCGUCGCACCCCGCGCGAUCCUGUGGGACGAAGGGCAAGAAGACUGGUGGACGAAUCCGGAAGGAUCGGUGAGCGUCGUUUUCGGCGCCGCGAAGGUGGUUUUCGACGCGCUCGGCGUGGGCGACCGCGUCGGUGUGCACGUCCGGCACCCACCCGAUGACCUGCAUUGCGGGCUGGCUGCGUACUCGCUCGUGCAACCGUUCUUGCAAAAGACAUUCUUUGGGACGCCCACGACGGUCAGCUUCGACGACAUCUCGCCGUUCCCGCCACACCCGGAGGCGUACCCGUGGUCGACGGACGUGCCCCAACUGUGA